AUGGUGGUUUUAAUAAUAGGUGGAACCUUUGUGAUGGUCAUUCUGGUCAGUGUUUUGGCAACAUUACUAUGGAAAGUUCGUAAACAUCAGUACAAAAAAAAACUAGAAAGAACAUGGGAAGAACGUGUACGGCAGGCAGGCCUAGAAUUGGAAAAACAAGAACAAGAGGCGAAGAUGAAGAAACUCGAAGAUUCCAAAGAACUUGGAUCAAAAGAAAAAACCAUAGAAGAAUCGAAGGAACCAAUGGGUUCCCUAGAGAUGACCAAUUCAAAGGAAAGGGUUUCAAUCGAGCCAGCAAACGCCCCCAGUGCAGACCCAUUUGGAGACUUUAUUGCAAAAGUAGACACUGGUAAUGCACCACCACAGCCACCCCCAGGUUUUCAAUAA